CUCAUUUAAGCAGUACCUAGUAUUAAUUUGUGCGUUUUUAUAAUGGAGAAUUCAAAAGAGGCGUAUCAGUAUUUUGCCUUGGAAAAAAGGUCAUCUUUAGAUACAAGUGCAAUGGAGAAUCAGACAAAGAAGCUAAGCAGUAUGAAACCUCCACCAAACGACGCAUUUUACAUGGUCCAUUUACUAUUUUUGUUGUUUGGUAUAAUGCAUCUACUGCCAAUAUCAUUUUUUGUAACUGCUAAUGACUAUUGGAUGUACAAGUUCAGGAACACAUCAGCAGAAACCAUUGAUCCGAACGACAGAUCUCAGCUUCAGUCGUAUUUUGCUUCCGGGUCGACGAUUGCCCAAUCGGUGCCUACGAUAAUAUGUCUGAUGCUAUCGACGAUAUUUGGAUACAAAAUAAGAGCUAGGACGAGAGUGCUCGCGUCCCUGUUUGUUUUGGCUAGCAGUUUUAUUUUAUCAACGGUGCUGAUAAAAAUAAAUACGGACUCAUGUGAGUAUGGUAUACGUUAA